CCGUGUUGCGGCUGUCCACGUCAAGCUCUGUCUGUGACAACACAGCACCGAGCUGAGAUGGCAGACCUAGUACGUUAUCUGAACCGGUAUAUACAUACACGAUAAAGACAACUGAUAUAAUAGACCGGAUAAUCUUCUCAUUAAUGUUACGCGGAUGAUCUAUUAUCGAAGUUUGUUUAGAUUCGUAAAUCCACGGGAUCAAUUUGACUGCAAGUGAGUGACACAUUCAGCUAGCAAGUCUACGUUAGCAUACCAGCUAACUAGCUAUCCGGCCAACUACUGUAGCUAGCUUGACAACCAGUUUCACUCUGCCAAAUUGACAACUUCACAAAGGUGACAAAGCUAGUUUUAAGAAGUGCAAGAAUUCAGGAAAAAAACAACGUUUCUAUGAGUUUUGACAGAGAGCUGAAUUGUAUGAAGGUAGGGUCGAAGUUGAUCGCCACCUUACCAGCUAAGUAGCUAGCCUAGCCAGUGUUGGGCCUUUUUGUUAUUGUUUAGCUAGCUUACUAGCUAACGUUAGUUAUUCUCAAAGAUGUCAUCGUGGCUGGGUGGACUGGGCUCCGGCCUGGGCCAGUCUCUCGGCCAGGUCGGGGGAAGCCUCUCCUCAUUCACCGGACAAAUAUCAACCUUCACCAAAGAUAUGCUUCUGGAAGGAGUUGAAGAAGUUGGAGAUGCUUCCACUGAGCUGCUGGUGUCCAGUUCUAAGCAGGAGCAAGUGGAGGCUGAGUACGUGCGUUUAAAGAGGAUCCAUGCCGAGCUGGAGGAGAAGCUGGAGGCCUCAGAGAUCCAGAAUAAACAGCAGUCAGCUGAAUACAGGACCAUGAUGCAACAGAAAGAUGUGGAGAUCAGUCACCUGAAAGCCCGUCAGAGUGGACUACAGGAAGAGGUUCAGAAACUACAGCACUCUGCUCAAUCAGCUACUUCCGACCCUGCCAUACUUCCUGUCACCACCGCCUCCACCACCACCACCUCUUCCUCUUACAUGUCCCGCCCCCUGGGGGCCCCCCACCACCAGGGUUUCCAUGGCAGCGACGAGAUGGACUUCGGUGACGUGAUCUGGUCCCAGCAGGAGAUUAACCGUCUGUCUACGGAGGUGAUGAGGCUGGAGGCUGAGGUCUCCCAUUGGAGACGCGUGUCUCAGGCAUCCGUAGCCCCAGGGGCAGGAAACGGUGACCAGGGAGAGGUCCUGAAGCUUCAGAGGAUCAUCAAGGAGCUGCGUGAGGAGAUGGGUCGUGAGGUAGAUGAGCACCAGCAUGAGUUAGCAGCGCUGCAGGACGCUCAGAGACAGAAGAUGGCCGACGUCAUCCGGCGCCACCGGGACGAGCUGGCAGAGUACGAGGAGAGGAUAGAGGAGCUGGAGGAACAGAAACAGACUGGAGGAGAGGAGGAGGAACAGACUGGAGCUACUAGUUCAGCCACAGCCAACGCUCUUCAGGAGUCCUACAUGCUCUCAGACCUCCAGAACACUAUCCAGUCCCUACAGGAGGCAGCGGAGGAGCGUCUGAAGGAGGAGCAGGAUGAGCAGCUGAAGGAGCUGACAGCUAAUCUAGAGGAGGCAGGGAAGAGACAGGCCACGCUGCAGCAGGAGAAAGAGGAGGCGCAGGCAGAGAACGCUGAGCUGCUGCAGAACUACACUCGGCUGCAGACGUCUGUCACAGAGCUCCAGUCACGUGUUCAGGAACAGGAGGGGAAAGCCCGGAACAAGGCUCAGCUAGACCAAGAGAUACAGGGGCUGAGGAAUGCUCUCGCAGGUGCAGAGAAGGAGAUCUCUAGACUGAAGAGUCUUCAGAGUGAAACAAAGAUGGAGGUGGAACACGCUGACAUUCUAGAACUCAACACCGUCAUCGGGACGUUGAGGAAGGAGAAGCGGAAUCUACAGGAGAGGCUUGCCAGGGCCGAGGAGAGAGUGGAGUCAGACAGCCUUGAUGGAGGGGAGUCCUCCCCAUCCGCCACAGAGCAGCUAUCAGGGCUGAGGGCAGAGCUAGAGAAGAGUGAGCAGUCGUUGAGCGAGAUCCAGGAGGAACGAGAUACCCUCCUCAACGAGCUGGAAGAACUGGACCAACAGAACCAGCAGGCUACACAGCAUGUCAUCUCGGUGAAGGAGCAGCUCUCUGUUCAGCUGAAGGAAUCUGAAGCCGUUGUGGCUCGGCUCCAAUCAGAGCUCAGUACCACCGCCGACCAGAGGGUGGCGCUGCAGCAAGAGCUAAAGGCCCAGCAGGAGAAACUGAGCCACAGUGCCUUCACUCUCAACGAUCUACACAUGGGCAAGCAGCAGCUGGAGGACACCGUUAAGGAGCUGAGAGACAAACUUGGACGGGCAACAGAGAUGGGAAAAGAGGCACGCAGGGAGACCCAGGAGUUCCAGAGAUCCAUACAGGAGAGGGAGGAGCAGCUGUCGGCUGCCCGGGCAGAGCUGUGUGAGGCUGGGGAGAGAGGGAGAGAAUCCGGGGCGUCCAUAGAGCAGCUGGAAGUGCUCAGGAGAGAACUGGCAGAGAUGAGGAGCUCCCAGGAGAAGAUGAUGUCAGAAGACUACGAGAUGAAGAUGGAGAAGCAGAGGCUGAAGACGGAGGCUGAGCAGGCCCAGGGGAGGAUAGAGGAGCUGGCCAGACAGGUCAGGGAGGUUCAGGCUGCUCUCACCAGGACCGUCCUGGAGAAGGACACUCGUAUCAAGGCUCUGAAGCUGGAGAAGAGCCAGCUGGAAGGGGAACUGGGCCAGGCAGAGAAGGGCCUACAGGAGCAGACCUGGCAGUACCAGCAGACCAUUGAGGAGCUGACCGCUGCCCGCUCCAUGGACGCCUCGGCACUACAGACGGAGCAUGAGCGGACAGUGAGGCUGAACCAGGAGAAGGAUCUGGAGAUAUCCCAGCUUAAAAGAGACGUGGAGCAGAUGUCCUCCGACCACAGAGACACCAACGAGAUGCUGUCCAUCACCGUGGCCGGACAGAAACAGCUGACCGACCUCCUCCAGGAGAAGGACUCCUUCACGGAGAGCCUGAGAGCCAACAUGGCCGCCACCCAGAGGGAGCUGGAGGCCGGGGUCCAGGCAGCCACCCAGGAGGCUGAGACCCUGAGAGGAGCUCUGGAGGAGAAGGACAAGCAGCUGGGAGGCAUGAAGGAAGACAACAGCCACCUGAAGGAGGAGAUCGAUCGCCUCAGGGACCAGCAGAACAGACCCCAGCCCUCCGGCCUGUCCGAGCCACGCACCCUGGACAUCAUCACAGAACUGGAGAAUGAGAUCAGCCAGCUGACGAGCACCAGAGACGGACUGGAGGAGGAGGGCCACUCCCUGAAGAGGAGAGUGGAGGAGCAGCGGGGGCACCUCCUCUCCUCCCAGCAGUCUCUCCUGGCGCAGCAGAAUGAGUUGGAGCAGGCCCACCAACGCCACGAGCAGAGCAGAGAGAACUACGAUAGGCUGAUCCACGCCAAGGACGAGGAGAUUGGGCGCCUGCAGCAGCAAGUAGAUCACCUCGGCCACACCCACUCCUCCCAGGAACAGGAAGUGGUCAUCCUCCAACAGGAAGACAAGACCCAGUCGUCCCUGAAUAACGGAGAGAACGACAACGAGAAACAUGACCUGUCAAAGGUGGAGAUAAACCGUCUGGUGAAGGGCAUCAAGGAGAAAGAGACUGAAAUCAGCCAGCUGAAUGAGAAGAACCUCAACCUGACCAGACAGCUGGCCCAACUGGUGGUCUCCAGAGAGGAGAUUGGGAAACUCUCCCAGAUGCUCUUGCAGAAGGACCUGGAGAUCCAGGCACUGCAUGCUAGAGUCUCCCUGGGGGGCCACAGCCAGGACGUGAUGUUCCUCCAGCAGCAACUGCAGGCUUACGCCGUGGAGAGAGAGCAGGUGCUGGCAGUGCUGAAUGAGAAGACGAGGGAGAACAGUCAGCUGAGGGGGGACUACCAGCGCAUCAUGGACAUUGUAGCAGGGAAGGAAGCUGUGCUCCUCAAGGUCCAGCAGGAGAACCAGAGGUUGUCCACCAUGUCUGACCCCUCAGGCAGCCAGGAGAUGUUCAGAGAGACCAUCCAGAACCUGUCCCGGAUCAUCAGAGAGAAGGACAUUGAGAUCGACGCGCUGACCCAGAAGUGCCAGACCCUGGUGUCGGUGCUGCAGGCAGGAGACUCUGGAGGCGUCAGCUCCAACCAGUUUGAGGAGCUGCUGCAGGACAGGGACACAUUGAAACAACAGGUGAAGAAGAUGGAGGAGUGGAAGAUGCAGGUGAUCACCACAGUAAAGAACAUGCAGCAUGAAUCUGGCCAGUUGGUAGAGGAGCUCCACAAGCUACAGGGACAGGUGGAUGCAGACAACGACUGCACCUCGACUCUCUCCGUGGACUAUAGCCGUCUGAUCCACAGCUAUGAGCAGAAGGAGAGGAAGCUCGGCAGUCUCAGUCACGAACUAGCCCACGUCCAACAGACCAUCAGCCAGCUGAGCAGUACUAAAGAUGUCCUCCUGGGGAAACUGGACAGUGUGGCGCAGAGUCCCCAAGUCACCCCACUGUCUGCUGCCCUGACGUCUACUGCCCAGCCUCCUGCUGCAGUGGAACCUCCCAGACACCAGGUGGCAGCACCUGCAACACCAGGGAACCAGGAAGGACUGAGACAGGAGUUGGAGUCUCUGAGAGCCCUCCUGUCUGAGAGGGAGACUAUGAUCAGGACCUUGCAGGAGAAUAACCACCGCCUGUGUAACUCAGCCCAGGUGUCAGACAGCGAGCAGCGAGGCCAGGCCGAGGAGGCCAGACAGGUCAGAGAGAGACUGGACGUUCUGCAGCGCUCUGUCAGGGAGAAAGACCUGCUCAUCAAGACUAAAGGAGAUCAACUCACCCAGGUGAGUGAGAGCCUGAGGAACCGUGAGAGCGACAACGAGGUGUUAAAACAAGCCGUGACCAACCUGAAGGAGCGAGCUCUUAUCCUGGAGAUGGAUACCAGGAAGCUGAAGGAUGAGAACGAGGCUGUGGCCCAACGGAGCCGGGAGAAGGAGUCAGAGUUCAGAGCCCUGCAGGAGACCAACAUGCAGGUGUCCCUCCUCAUGAGGGAGAAGGAGUUUGAGAGAAGCGCCAUGUCGGAGAAGGCUGCCGCCAUGGAGAAGAUGCUCAAGGACAGAGAACAGGGCAACAGCCAGAAGUCUGGAGAGCUCAACCAGCUCCUGAACGAGCUGAGGUCCAUGCAGGAGAAAGCUGUGGCCUUCCAGCAGGAGAGAGACCAGGUCAUGCUGGCUCUCAAACAGAAACAGAUGGAGACGACAGCCGUACAGACAGAGCUGCAGCAUGUGAAGGACAGAGAGCAGCGGUUGAAGUUGGAGCUGGACCGACUACGUAACCACCUGCUGGAGAUAGAGGAGUCCUACACACGGGAGGUCCUCGCCGCGGAGGACAGGGAGGCGGAGCUACGCAAGAGAGUCACGCUAUUGGACGACAGACUGGCCACUUCCUCCAGUCAGGUGGAGAGCACCAGCCACCAGGCGUCUCUCCAGGUGGAGUCUCUCCAGGAGCAGCUGAGUGGAACGGUGAGGCAGAGAGACGAGGCCUUGACUCAGCUCAGAGCAGCACGGGACCAGGUCAACCAGUACGCCAUGUCCCUGUCCAACCUCCAGAUGGUGCUAGAGCAGUUCCAGCAAGAAGAGAAAGCCAUGUAUUCGUCAGAGCUCGAUAAAUACAAGAGGGAGAAGGACGAGUGGAGAAGAAAAGCACUUAAACUGGAGGACAUGGCCUCAGCACUUCAGAUCAACCUAGACGAGGCUAAUGCUGCUCUGGACUCAGCCUCCAGACUCACUGACCAGCUGGACCUAAAGGAAGAACAGCUAGAAGAACUCAAAAAACAAGUUGAUGUGAGGCAGGAGAUGUUGGAAGAGUCUCAGGACAAGUUGAUGAACCUGCUGAAUAGCACAGAAGGACAAGUAGACCAGGCUCUGAUGCGGAACCUGUUCAUGGGAUACUUCCACACCCCGAAACCCAAACGCUCCGAGGUGCUGAGGCUCAUGGGUAGUGUCCUGGGACUGGACAAGGAUGAGGUCAACCAGCUGCUGGAGGAGGAGGGAGGCCAUGGUGUCGGCGGCUGGGUGUCCGGCUGGUUGGGAGGCAGAGCUGUACAGAGUGUCCCCAACACACCACAGAGACCUGGAGCAGGACAGGGGGGCUUCAACAACUCGUUCUCUGAGAUGUUUGUAAAGUUCCUGGAGGUGGAGUCUAGGCCAGCGCUCCCUGCCCCCAGACUUCCUGUCUAUGACAUCAAACCUCUCAGUGCCCCGCCUCCUGGGAGGACCACCAGCUCAGCCUGGGCUCAACAACCAGAAGGAGGGGCGGCAGCCGGCAGGGGACAGAGAGCAGCCGGGGAGUCCAACCCUUUCCUGGCUCCCCGCUCUGCGGCCGUACCGCUGAUGCAUCAUGGGAGCGGUAGUUCCAGUGCUUCGGGAGGACACCACCACCUCCUAAUGAAACCCAUCUCAGACAACCUGCCUACCUUCACCCCCGUGCCCGUCUCCGCUGAGAGCGGCGGGCAGGUGCUCAAAGACUUACUCAAGCAGUGAUUGGAGCCACGGCCUGUCACUCAAAGCUCCUCAUCCAAUCAGGAGGAGCGUAUACACAGACUGAGAUGGAGGAGGACCGUUAUUACUGUGUAGUGCUUUCUUCCAACAGUCCCUCAGUGAUGGUUCUACUAACUUCUGCACAGGAUGAGGGUUCUACGAACUUCUGCACAGGAUGAGGGUUCUACGAACUUCUGCACAGGAUGAGGGUUCUACGAACUUCUGCACAGGAUGAGGGUUCUACGAACUUCUGCACAGGAUGAGGGUUCUACUAACUUCUGCACAGGAUGAGGUUCUACUAACUUCUGCACAGGAUGAGGGUUCUACUAAAUUCUGCACAGGAUGAGGGUUCUACUAAAUUCUGCACAGGAUGAGGGUUCUACUAAAUUCUGCACAGGAUGAGGGUUCUACUAAAUUCUGCACAGGAUAAUGGUUCUACUAACUUCUACACAGGAUAAUGGUUCUACUAACUUCUACACAGGAUGAUGGUUCUUCUAACCUCCAAACAGCAGGACAUGUCAGGCAGACCCUCUCUGAUUUAACUGUCAGUUUGUUGUCGGGUUGAUAUUACGUUGACACUAUUAAAGUUAAAGGGGAAAUCUUUUGUUGGUACAUACGUUUUUGGUUGUUUGAGCUAGAGAAAGAAAUCUCCUUUAAGGAGAUGAGGUAGAAUCAGGACUUGCUGUUCAAUGCCCACAGUGUCCCUCCCACUCACUCUGUCUUUAACUUUUUUUCUGCCACGGUAUAUUGUCAAUGACUCCUGGGUAUAGCUGUGUCAUGUGACGCGUAUGUGAUUGAAGGAGAACAUCUCUUCUAAAUAUGACUGGUUGGACAAUUGGGGGAUGUAGGAGUUACUAAAUGUUAUGUUUUGUAUUCUUUCAUUUUAGCCAUAGGCCUUCAGGAUAAUCUGUCUGAUCCGGCAAAAUGGCACCCUAAUCCCUAUGAUCCCUACCAGAGCCUUGGUCAAAUAUAGUACACUGUAGGGAAUAGGGUGCUAUUUGGACACAUUAUAUAACACUGCUGUAUGUAUUCAACAUACAGUGCUAUAUAUAUAUAUAUAUACAUACACACAUACACACACAGUAUCAGUCAAAAGUUUGGACACACCUACUCAUUCAAGGGUUUUUCUUUAUUUUUACCAUUUUCCAUAUUAGUGAAGACAUCAAAACUAUGAAAUAACACGUGGAAUCAUGUAGUAACCAGAAAAGUGUUAAACAAAUCCGAAUAUAUUUUAGAUUCUUUAAAGUAGCCACCCUUUUGCCUUGAUGACAGCUUUGCACACUCUUGACAUUCUCUCAACUAGCUUCACCUGGAUUGCUUUUCCAACAAUCUUGAUUGACUUCCCACAUAUGCUGAGCACUUGUUGGCUGCUUUCCUUCACUCUACAGUCCAACUCAUUCCAAACCAUCUCAAUUGGGUUGAGGUUGGGUGAUUGUGGAGGCCAGGUCAUCUGAUGCAGUAAUCCAUCACUCUCCUUCUUGGUCAAAUAGCCCUUACACAGCCUUGAGGUGUGUUGGUUCAUUGUCCUUUUGAAAAACAAAUGAUACGCCCACUAAGCGCAAACCAGAUGGGAUGGUGUAUCGCUGCAGAAUGCUGUGGUAGCCAUGCUGGUUAAGUGUGUCUUGAAUUCUAAAUAAAUCAGACAGUAAAGCACCAUCACACCACCUCCUCCAUGCUUCACGGUGGGAACCACACAUGCGGAGAUCAUCCGUUCACCUUCUCUGCGUCUCACAAAGAAAGACACGGCUGUUGGAACCAAAAAUCUCAAAUUUGGACUCAUCAGGGCAACGGACAGAUUUCUCUAACGUCCGUUGCUCGUGUUUCUUGGCCCAAACAGGUCUUCUUAUUAGUGUCCUUUUGGUAGUGGUUUCUUUGCAGCAGUUCGACUGAAUGCCUGAUUCACCCAGUCUCCUCUGAACAGUUGAUAUGUCUAACGUGAACUCUGUGAAGCAUUUAUUUGGGCUGCAAUUUCUGAGGCUGGUGACUCUAAUGAACUUAUCCUCUGCAGGAGAGGUAACUCUGGGUCUUCCUUUCCUGUGGCGGUCCUCAUUAGAGCCAGUUUCAUCGUAGCAUUUGAUCAUUUUUGCCACUGCACUUGAAAAACAAAUGUAGUUCUUGAAAUGAAAUGUUCCGUAUUGAUGGACCUUCAUGUCUUAAAGUAAUGGACGGUCGUUUCUCUUUGCUUAUUUGAGCUGUUCUUGACAUAAUAUGGACUUGGUCUUUUACCAAAUAGGGCUAUCUUCUGUAUACCACCCCUACCUUGUCACAACACAACAGAUUGGCUCAAACACAUUAAGAAGGAAAGAAAUUCCACAAAUUCACUUUUAAAAAGUCACACCUGUUAAUUGAAAUGCAUUCCAGGUGACUACCUCAUGAAGCUGGUUGAGAGAAUGCCAAGAGUGUGCAAAGCUGUCAUCAAGGCAAAAGGGUGGCUACUUUGAAGAAUCUCAAAUAUAAAAUAUAUUUGCAUUUUUUUGGCAACUACAUGAUUCAUUAUUUGUUAUUUUAUAGUUUUUGAUGUCUUCACUAUUAUUCUACAAUGUAGAAAAUAGUAAAAAAUAAAUUUUAAAAACCUUGAAUGAGUCAGUGUGUUCAGACUUUAGACUGGUAGUGUGUGUGUAAAUGGGUGAUAUUUUAAUAAUAAUUAAGGCAGUUCUGGAAGUACUGUCCAAAGUGUCUACCAAUUUUGCUAUUAUGAUAUAAAGGUUAUAUGAUUUGGUUUGUAAAUUAUUAAAUACAAAUAUAUAUUUACAAAGUUGUAAAAACAACUGCACAUUAAAAAGCUUUACCUCUUGCCAACUCUGUCAAAUUAGCUCUACAUUUUUCUAGGAUUAUCCUCCACAGUCAACUGCUGGAAAAUGAUUUCCACCCAUACUUCUGAGAUAAAAUAGUCAAAUAAUAUUAAAUAAUAUAUCCUCAUACUCCCCAAAACAUGUUAAAGAUGCAGUCUCAAUGAAUCAUUAGGUAACCCCUCAGAGAAGUGGUAAUUAAUUAUUUUUUGGGGGGGAAAAAACAAUAAAAUGGAAGAACACUCAGAUAACUAGUGACUUUCUAUGUUGGUUGUUUUGAUAAAAUAAAGGUAUUACAACCCCUCAAA